GUGCCGCAACCCUCACCCUCCACCCUCCAACUUCCACAACUUACAGAUUCCGAACACAGCCGGCGGAGAGUACAAGAGGCGAUCCAAAUCGACUACUUUCGCGCUCGUUGUGGCCGACAUUGCUAUAUCAAACUCACUUAAAAUUAACCAUCAACAGCGACGGCGUAGUAAUUGGACGGCGAGAUAGCAUCUACUGGUCAAAUGUGGUCUGCGGCGUACAGAGAUGUCGUCGAGCUACUUUCAGAAGAGGAAGGAAUCAACACACCGAGACGGAAGCCAAAGAGGUACCGACCGGAUAGUGCCAUCACAAUCGAUUCAGGAUCAGAAUUGGAGGAUAUCGCCUUUAAGAAUGACACGCCCCUUCGCGGAUCCCCACCUUCACAGCGGCCUUCGCAAGCAGCAGUCAGCGAGAUUGGGGACAUGCGUCCGUCCAUGUGUCUUCAGAAAAUCGUCGAAAUCUUUCCAGACAUCUCAAAGAAAUAUGCACUUGAACUCAUCGACAGACAUGGGGUCGGCAGAAGUCUGUCCCAAGUUGCCAUGGAGAACCUUCUGUCUCGGAUUAUUGAAGGGGGAAAAUAUCCCAAAGAGGAGGAGGAAUCCCAUUCCAACGAUAAGAAGAGGAAGAGGGCUAGUUCUAACGACUCUGAUACGGAGGGCUCUAUCGAAUCCAUUAAAUCACCAUAUAAAUACUUCGACGCGUUGGACCUGUUGAAAGACGAAUUCCCCGCGGUUCCAGCACUGCAUAUUGAAAAGACCUGGCAAGCGAUGCGUUCACUGUCGGCCACAUUCGCUACUCUGUCGGCCCAGCUGCGAGACAUUAAUAGCCCCUCAUGUGCUUUCCGCAAGCUGAAAAAGGCCCGCCAAUCUCGUGGAUACGAACGCAAACUGCGCGAGAGAGGUGGCCCGGUGACUCUAAAGGUCAUAGACGAAUUUGAUAGUGCCCGAAAGAGAGCGAGGAAAGAAGAAUCGAAGCUGCUGAGAAUACGACAGCUAGAGGAAGCGGAAGAGAGAAAUUUGAGCAUGGCCAGGCAAAGAGGCGAAGUGGGAGAAUGCCAAUGUUGUUUUGCGGACUUUCCUUUCAACAGGAUGACUUGCUGCAAUGGCGACACAAUACAUUUCUUUUGUCGGGACUGCACGAAACGCUAUGUGGAGUCGGAAAUUGGCAGUAUGCGAUGUACGAUUGUCUGUUUCGCAGACACAAACUGCGGGGGCACAUUUCGACGUCAAUAUCUGUUGGACUCCCUCAGCCAAUCCACCUUUGAACGGUUGGAGCAUCUGCAACAACAGGCCGACCUCGCUGCUGCAAACCUAGAUUUUCUUGAGGAAUGCCCAUUCUGUGACUUUAAGAUGGAAUGCCUUCCUAUCGAAGUUGACAGAGAAUUUCGGUGCGAGGCCCCGAAAUGCAGGAAAGUCAGCUGUCGCGCAUGUCAGAAGGAAACUCAUGUGCCAAUGACAUGCGAGGAAGCCAGAAAGGAAGAAAAACUAAACCUCAGACACACUAUCGAGGAGGCAAAGUCGCAAGCAUUGAUCCGAAAGUGCAAUAAGUGCAGUAAUCCGUUCAUCAAGGAGUAUGGCUGCAACAAGAUGACGUGUGGCAAGUGCGGCAAUAUGCAAUGCUAUGUGUGCUCAAAGAAUGUAGCGGCUUACGAUCAUUUCGGGGGGGAAGGGUGUCCUUUACACGAUAACAUCGAAGAGCGACAUGAAGAAGAUAUACGCAAGGCUGAAGACGAAGCCAUGCGAAAGAUUCGUGCAGAGAACCCUGACAUUACUGAAGAGGAUUUGAAGAUCCUAUCUUCAGAUCGGGUCUUGAAAGCGGAGGCAGAACGGAAACAGCAAGCCCAAGCACGACAUGACAAUUUCCGCUUCCACAUGGAUGGCAAUCAGCUCAGAGCUCGUGAGGCGCUCUUCUUGGGAGGUCCUGUAGCAGGAGCACCGGCGCCAGUAGCUGCCCGACCUGCUGCUGCUCGUCCACCACCACCACCACCACCGCCGCCGCCGCAUCCAUACCCAGCAGUACAGAAUGGGCAGAUACCGCACUAUGUACCAGUUUGGCCGGCCUGGCCACUACCACACAUGGUCCAGCCUGUCGCUAUGGAUCCACAAGGAAUCCCGAUUCCACAACCCCCGCAACCUCAGGCCCAUCACCUGCAUCCCACAGGCGCUCCUUUAUACCCCAAUGCACCACCGAGAUAUCUACCAGGGUUCCCUAUGGACGACAAUUAUGCUGUAGCGUAUGCAGCCAUGUAUGGCGACGGAUUGGUUCGGUUGGAUGAUGUCGUACCGCAAGGAUAUCAGGAUGGAGCUUAUCAGCCUGGAUACCAACAGAACGUGGCUCCCAUACAAGUGCCACAACAGAAUCAUAACCCUCCGCAGCAACCACAGCAGAUGCACCAGCAGAUGCACCAGCAGCAGCAGCAGCAGCCACGGUGGCAGCCACGGUGGCAACGGUGAUGAGGAGAGCCAUUUCGAUGGCCAUAACAGUGAAGCGUCAUCUCCAGGGCGAAAGGACAUACUAGAGGAGCGUUGGUGCUCGUGGGCUUGACAACACGACAAGACCCAAGUCCUUUCAAGGAAGCAGCUCUAGUGCAAACAUUUCUACAUAUUCAUGGUGUACGGAGUAAUUUUGGGUGUUUUUCGAAUGGGGACUAUGUGGUUAGAGUUAUGGAUGGAAAAACGCAUGGCAGCAGUGGCAGUGAUAC